UAAAAAAAAUAAUUUAAUUUAAAGUAAAAACAAUCUCUCUAAUAAACCGGUAGAAUAGACAGUAUAAUGGUAUGACCAAAUAGUUUGAUACAAAAAAAAUUGCAAACGUGUGUGCUUGUGAUGGACUAAAUCUAACCACUAAUUUCUUUUUCAUCUAAGUUUAUCAUCAAAGUGGAAUGGAAUGCAAAGCUGGUAGGUUACAAAUCUCCAAAAGUAUAAACUGAGAAUGUGCGACUGAAUGUCAUUUAUAGAGUAAAAAUCUAAUUACCAAUCAAGUAAACACAUAUUUUCACUUAUUUCCUCUAGUCACUAUUCCAGUGGAGUAAAAUGAAGACACAUACAUUAGAGUAAACACAAUUUACUCCUGUUUUUGUUCUUUCCUAUUUUAAUUUUUCUUCUCUUUUUUUCACCUAUUUAUUUUCUUGCCAUUUAUUCCAAAAUAACCAAUCACACCUUGAAAAGAAGAAGAGCAACGCCAAAACAAAGAAAGAUAUACAAUUCGACACAACAACAACAAGCGACUGGAUUAUCCAUCUGCGAAUGCAAGGAGGAAAAUACCAUACAUAACCAUAGGCAUACCUUUGCACCUUAAACAUUUGAAAUAAAAUAAGUCAGACUCUUGUCUCUUUGGGCCUAUAAUCGAAAUAUAUAAAUAAAAUAUCCACAGAAAGUCUGUAGAGCAAUCGAAAUUUGAUCUGAUAUGUUAUUGGGCUUCUCUAACCCAAUUAAGUAACAAGCCUACAUAUAUUCAUACAAUUUUCAUCUGCAGGGAGAGGUACAAAUAUUUAAAAUAUUAAGUGAAAACACAAUAAAUAGUAGACAAAUGUAUUUAACAUUCGGUGCAAAAAGUGCAAAAUGAUACAUAUAUACAAGAUAUGCAUAAACGCAAAAAAAAAAGGAAAAGGAAAAGGAAAAAGAAGAGUGAAUGGCCGCUAGGGCUUUGAUUCGGAGUUAACUUUAAUAGUUGUAAAGCUAGAGCUUCGGCUGUCUUUUGAAUUAUAAUCUUGAGGUUUAUUCUUAUUCGUGUAAUUAAUAUAGCAAAUAAACUCAAGAAUAUUGACCUCUUUCAAAAAAGAAAACAAGAAUAUUUUCUUGUGAUCGGAGACUGUGGUAGGCCGGCCCUUCACAGGACUUCCCUGCGUGUGGGAACCAACACAAAAGUCAUCCUUUUCACUUUUCAACAUGUAAUGAUAUAUGGCUGCAGGCGCACUUUUCAUACAUAGCACGAAUAUUCAGAAGUGUGGGAUAUUCCGACUGUCAAGUGUAUAGCACGAGAUACACAUAGACUGUGAUCGGUAAAUAUUAGAAUAAAUAGGAGUAAAUAAAUUAGAGUAAGUGGGAAGAAAAUUUAUGGGGUAAAUAAUAAAAGAAAAAGUAAAUCACAUCGAGCGUUAAGUGAUUUACUCCUGAAUAAACCAUAAGAAAAAUGAUAAAAGAAAUUUCACCCGAUUGAUUUAACCUUAGGAGUAUAAAUGUAUAUUUAACUCUUUAAUAAAAUAUUUUGGUCAUUUUGAUCCUUAUAGUUUAUAAACGUUUUUAGUGCUAUCUUAGGGUAUCUGUCAGACAUUAAAUUAUUUUUAAUUUUUCAUCAAAAUAUAUAUGAUUGUCAUUUCCUUAAACUUUUUGGAGACUGAUGUAUUGUAAAUAUUUUUAUUUUAUUUUUUCACUAUAAUCACUAUUAAUAGAUAAAAAUAAUAAAUAAAUCUUUGAAGUAACUGAAUAAUUUCUUUCUGAUUAUAGAAAAUUUGAUCUUUUAUAUGAUUAAUAUUUAAUUAUGCAUCUUUUAAGUAUACAAAAAAUUACUUGAUUAAUAUUUAAUUAUGCAUCUUUCUGUUUCUUUUUUUAGUUUAAUGAUUAAAUUUAUUCAUUUCGAAUAACAGUACAAUAUAUAUAUGUGAAUUGUCUUUUUAUUAUAAAAUAAAAAAUUUCUUGUGGUCAAUUUUAUUAUAAUUAAUUUAUAAUCAGUUAUCUAAUCUAGUAAAUAAACAUAAUUAUUUUUAAAAAUAUCAAUGACUUUAACCAUUUUAACUUUUAGUGUUAUAAGCUCAUCAAUAAUAUUUUCCUUGCAAAUAAUAAUAUGUAAGGUUUAUCUAAGUCAAAUAUUUAUUUCUAACAAAAAUUCAUUAUCCCUUGUUAUCUACAUGUAUAGCGUCUUAUCAAACGAAACUGGAUGUAUAUCAAAUUACAGAUUAAAAAGGAUACAUUUCCGCUCGAUAUUUCAUGUCCAUAUAAACGUUAAAAAUAAAACAUCAAUUCAAACUUUAAUUCUGGUUUGUAUUAUAGCUUUUUAAGUUUAUAUUAUAGCUUCCAAAAAGGUAAAUUAAAAAUCCUUUCUUCAAAAAAGGGUUAACUAAAUUCGUGAGCUUUGAUGUUUUCAUGUUUCAUAAAAUGAUUUAUAGUAUAGACUAUAAACUACUUAUAUCGAAAUCAACUGAAUAUGAGCGAACACUCUUGACUCCAGAGUUGGGUCUAUACUUAUUUGGUAAUAUAAUAAAGACACUUAUCAGAAAACUAUAUUAUAGUGACAAACGACAAAGUAAGGAUGAGUGGUAGGGAAGAGUUAGUGGUUAAGUUUUUUUCUGUGCGGUUAAGGUGAUGGCGAUGGUACCUUUGACUUGAUUCUCCUCACUCAUCGAUGAACUAACUUUAGCUCUCGUUCGUUUUUAAUACUUAUCGUUCGUUUUUAAACACCUAGCGUUCUUUGACACAAAAAAAAAAAAAAAACACCUAGUGUUCAUGAUAAAAUAUGCGCUGUAAUUUAUGGUAUUAUUGUAGUAACAAGUAUGGCGGCGUUGUCGGGCUCAUUAUAAGUUCAAAUGAUGAUAGCUUAAAAUUCGAUGGACAUAAAUACAUAAUAAAGGACAACAAGUGUCGAUAUAAAGACAUCAUGCCCACAUUAUAUUUAAUCGUAGGAGGUGUUUUUAAAAUGAAUUUUAGUCAUAUAUCUUUAUAUAUAUUUGAUUUGCUAAAAAGAAUUUAGUGAUAUUGAUUCAAACGAUUAUGUUUUUGACAAGUUUUAGAUAAAAGUUUGACACCGACUUUGAGAAAAUAUCCCACACUGAAAAUCUAAAUGUGAGUUAAGUAAUAUAUAAGAGAUUUGGAUUACUCCACUAACUGUCAAUUGGUUUUAAGAUGGAAAUCUAAAAAAAUUGUCAUAGUAUUAAAGCGGACCCAACAUCCUGACUCAGUAAUCCGGCUCGGACAGCGGCCCGAUCAAUCCACUAACUAAUGACCCAAAAAAGGGUUUAAUUCUUCCGAAAUUGCCUAAAAAAAGAGCAUUGUUAAUAUAUAAGAGACUUGAGCCACUCUACUUACUAAUUGGUUUUAUUCUGAAAACCUAAAAAAACUUGUUAUUAGUAAAAGAAAAAACUUACCUUGGAACGAAUAAUAGUCCAUUUUGUUUGAUUAGAUCAUUUUUUUUACAAAAGAAUUGACUUAUAUAUUGUUUUUUUUUUAUCAAAGACUUAUAUGUUGUUUUAGAGUUUGAUUUUCCAGACUGGAAUUACACGUUUCAUAUGAUAGACAUUUUAAAACUAUAUACAGAAGUCUAAAAACAUCUGUUUAGAAAAAAAUGAUUUUUUAAGAAACUCGACGGCUUAUUCCCUACGUCGGGAUUUUGUUUGCCUUUAAUAUUUCACUCCACCAAUUUUUAUCUUACUUUGUUUACGCGUCUUCCUCUAGACAGAAACAACUGGUCCAAGAGCUUUGUAAGAAAACAACAGCAUCAAGAUGUGACUAUCUAACGUCACAGGUUCACAAACCUUUUCUCCCCAAAUAAGAACAUUACGUACAAACACAAAGAAAAUAUACACUUGUGCGUACUGAAAAUCAAUUAGAUUCGUCUAGAGAAAGUAGCAAAUGUCUGUUGUAUUUAUUCAAAUCUUGGAGUGUUUACUUCAGUCACAGAAUAAUUAUAUCACAUAACGGUUCUAGAAGGCAACUUAAAACUAAGAAAACAUAUAGGUAUAUAUAACGAUUACAUUUACUUUUUGCCGUACGAAGAAUACUUCUAUAAAUAUGACCUGAUUGUAACCAAUAUUUCUUGGUAGUGGAGAAUGGAGGAGAUCUUGUAUUUGUUAGUGGGGGGUCCAACUGUUAUAAUACUCUUUAGGAGUCAAGAAUAUGAUCAUAUUGUAAAGGAAUCCCAAGACUUGCAAUUUCGCAGUAUAUAUAUAUAGCCAACAUUUAUCAUAACAUAUUUUAACAUAAAGUUUUUAAGACCAUUGUUUUUAUUUUACUGGAGAAAUAAAGAUAUAAAACUAGUCAAGUCUCUUAAAAAAGUGAACUCAGGGAAAAUUUAAGAAAGAGAUACAUUCCAAUUUCCAACAACGGUGAACAUAUACUUUCGUUUAUUCAGUAUUUAUUUAUAAAAAUAUCAACAAGAUUUAUUUCAAAAUUUGUAAGAUUCAUUUUAAAAGAUAAAGUAUAUAUAAAGCUUUUGUAUUAUUGUAUAUUUUAUCUAUACACGGAGAUGACCAGAUGGGAGAGGGUCCUUCUAACAUCAGUGUCUUUCUAGGGUUAGGGAAGGGCGGCUUUUGUGGAAUUUAAUUAGCCUUUGGAAACUUAUAGUAUUAAUGUAAAGUACAACAAAAAGUAUAUAUAACAUCAUUUUUGAAUACACAAAGAGUAUAUUUCAUUUAAAACUAAUUAAUCAUCACGUUUAUGCUUACAAUUACAUAUUUGCUAUUUUCUCUCUCUCAGUUUCAACUUCUUAAAAUGUAUUACUCCAUGGCCAAAAUCUUCUUCUUUUUUUGAUAAAUCUUAUCGGCUGAUCCGGUCAGCUUCGGGAGGAAUACAUUUAGUGCUACAGAGUGGACUCGCUACCACACCAAAAUCUUAAAUAGCAUUAACCAUAUUCGUCACCAGCUUUUAUUUAUUCCCACCGGAAAAACUAACAAGUAUGAUUUGGUAUAUUCAGCAAUGGAGCACUAUGAGAGAUUCAGAACCUCUGUUGAAAAUUACACGCUUAGAUUGUGUCGUAUAAAUAUAUCUUUGAUUUUUUCUAAUAAAUAACAGUUAAACAUUAAAAUUAUGAAUGUAAAGUUGAUUUAUAUUUCAUGAUGAUCGGAACAGACGUUUCUGAUAUUAUAUAUCAACCUUAAAAUAUACCAAUGGACCAUUUGAAAUCCUUCUUUCAGCUUGGCUAUAUGCCGUCCAUAGAGUGUCGAUUAUAGCAUAUGUUUAAUACUAAAUUAUCCCUUUGUGUUAUAGUUCUCCUAUUAUUUUGGAAAUUGAUACACGAACGGUCCAAAUUAAACCACUGUGCUCUUGUUCAACUUCCACUCACUUACGCUUAUAAAGCGAUCUCUCUUUCGAAGUAACUUAAAAACAUAACCCAAAGUCUUGUGGUCUCAACUCUCUUCUCUCGACUCUCAUAACCCUAUAGAAACCAAUACCCCGCACAGAAAAAGGUUAACAUGAAAAUUUCAAUUUAUAUCGUUCUUACCAUUCUCUUCAUUUCGAUGGUAUGUUAUAAAAUACCAUACACUGAGGCAAGGCAGUUGCGAGAAACCGACAGUGCAGAUCGUGAUCAUCAUUUCACAGCCGGUAGCACUGAUGAUUUUGGGCCUACUUAUCCGGGUAAUAGUCCGGGUAUUGGUCAUAAAUUGAAGGAGAAUAAUGAAAUAGUCGACGCGUUUAAAGAUGACUUCAAGCCUAUGACACCAGGACAUAGUCUCGGCUCUGGAUAUGUUGUCAACAAUGGGCCUAAGGCGUAGAAAAUGUUCUAAUAGUUGAGCAAACUUCUUCGUUGAUUUUACUAAAUUAAUAUGUAUUUUAUAUUACUGCAUUAAGUAAGUUUAAUUUAUUGUAUGUAUGUAGUUAUGAUAUGUCAUUUGUAAGUUUGGUUGAUCAAGAGUUACCCUAGUUUAUUAAUAAGGUUAAACUACGUACGAUUUGUGUUUAAUUCAUUUCAAACUUUAAUUUCUUGCAUGAGUUUGCAUGUUAAUAUAUAGCAGACACUUCGUAGUGAGUUGCUUACUACUUGCCACCAUGUGAAAAAGUAGAAUUUGAGAGCACAUGAAGAAAGCUUUUGAGAUCUUUUAGAUUUAAAUAUUUUUAAGAAGAUAUCUUAUACUACACUUUGGGAUUUUCUUUAAAAAUGAUUAAAAGUGGUUGGUGAUGCAAAAAUAAGGUUUAAAGAUUUCCUAAUUAGGGACAAGGAAAAUGACUUAAUUGAGUUCUAUUAGUUAGUACAACUAAAUAGUUAAUAUAGUGCAUUAAAAAUCAAUAAGAAGAAAUAUUAUUUUUCCUUUUCAUGCUCUGUCUAGUUGAAGUUGAAAUGGUACAACAUAGAUAUAGAAAAUGAUGUAAUAAGAUAACUAAUGAUUCUUUUUUGUUGUAAUGAGAAAUUGGGAAUGGUGAAUAAUACACUUUUUCAACAUCUUUUUUUGUUUAUUAAAAACUACAAAAAUAUUCAAGGCAAUUGUGUUGUUCAAUGGUGAUUGGUGAAGAAAAUACAUAAGCCCUUCAAAUAUAUAUAUAUUAUAUUUGGUAAGAAAGGGCAAAGAGACUAGAACAACCACUUUUCACUUGUCAGCAUAUAAUUUUAUUCAGUCUUAGACAAAAACUUUAUAGGCUAUAUAUGCCCACGGAGUAGAAACAGUCGCACAACCAAAACUUAGCUUUUUUGCAUUCAACAGUAUAAAAUUUACAUGUUCGAAACUUCGAAGCAAAAGAUAUGCACCAGCCGGGAAUCGAACCCGGGUCUGUACCGUGGCAGGGUACUAUUCUACCACUAGACCACUGGUGCUCUGUGAAAUAUGUACAUUUAACAUUUUAUAAUUCCUAUAUUUUGUUUUGGGCAUGCAUAUUCAUACGUUAAUGUUCUAUAGCAAUGCCAUUCUUGCAAAUUCGCAUAUGAGCUCCACUGAAGGAAUCUUCCCAGAAGAUUGGAAUUUAUAAAUAAACUCCUAAUUAUUUUCCAUGUGUCUUUAUAUUAAUUAUUUUAAAUGAAUAAUUUAUUGUCUUUGUUUGUUGGAGGUACACAUGCAUGGUCCAACUAGUCAUUUGUCUUCUCCAUAAAUAGCCAUCUCAGAGUUGAAGUCAUUCAUACAUACAUUCAAAUCUUACCGAACAGUCUUCAUACAUAUAUAUUUCCUAACCUUUUUAUUCAUUUCGUGUAAUCUAGAAAUUAUAACUAUCUCUAAUUAUUAUUGCUAUGGCUAAAUGCAGUUUGACUACCAUGGUUUUACUACUAGUAGUGCUGAUUCUCAUCCAAGAAUCUCAGAUCGUUGACGCUCGACCUCUGAAAUAUUUGGGGAUCUCUAGUAUCCCGAAGAAAACUGGUGAUCGCGGUUUGAAUAUUUCAAGCAAGUUAGAGACAGAAGAUCAUUCCUUGGAUGCGUUCCGGCCUACCAAACCCGGGAAUAGUCCAGGAAUCGGUCACUAGCUAUAUGUUGGUGUGACUAAAUAAGAUGCAAGGGUUUUCUUUAGGCAUUUAAUUGUGACAGUAAGAUGUCGUUGUGAGUGCAUCAUGUAUUUUCUGGGGUUUAUAUGUAUUCCUCGUUGUGUUUCCGUGAUGUGUGAUCCAUCACGCUUGUACUUUAAUAUCGAACCGCUUUGUGUUAUGCUACUUUAUUCUCUC